UUAAAAUGUCAGCAAAAGAAAACCAUUGUGGGGUCUCGCCAGUCACCACUUUCCUUUUUUCCCAUCUUCCUUCGGAUUCACAUUCUAAACCCUAUAGAUUCGAAAAAAACCCUAGAGAUCCCACGCUUCCGCUCUCCUCUCGUCUCCGCUUCUCUGCUGUCCCUCGCUCGGUCCCAUGGGCUCCGAGGCCGAUAUCGAGCGGGUCCUGUGGACGGAGGAGGAGAUCUCCGGCCGGGUCGCCGAGCUCGCGUCCCAAAUCUCCGACGACUUCAAGGGUUUCCCGGCCCCUAUAGUCGUCGUCGGUGUCGCCACGGGGGCGUUCCUCUUCCUCGCUGACAUCGUGAGGAAGAUUACCUUGCCCGUCGCUGUGGAUUUCAUCCGAGCCGAGUCGUAUGGGUCGGGGACGGAGUCCAGUGGAGUCCCCAGGGUCUCCUGCGACCUCAAGAUCGAUAUCAGCGGCAAACACGUGAUUUUGGUUGAGGACAUUGUAGACACAGGAAAUACCUUAUCCUGCCUUAUUUCACACUUGCAAAGAAAAGGAGCAUCUUCUGUAUCAGUUUGCACUUUUCUGGAUAAACCUGCAAGAAGACAAGUGCAAUUUAAGCUAGUGGGAGAGGGAAAAUUUUAUUGGGGUUUUGAGUGCCCAGAGUAUUUUGUUGUUGGCUACGGUAUGGAUUAUGCUGAACUUUACAGGAACCUGCCUUACGUUGGUGUCCUUAGGCCAGAGAUGCGCAAAUGAAGCUUUCUUGUAUCUAUGAAACAUGACUAGUGAGUUUGAUCAUUAAAGAUCUCUAGGUUGGAUGCAUAGCCUGAUGCAUUAUUGUACCACAAAAUGUAAACAAGACUUAGAAUAGUCAAUAUAAAUUGCUGUUUUUUUUCUUGAAGUCCA